UCGAGGCUACGUCAGAGGCUGCCGCAGACGGAAGUGCGGAGGUGGCGGUGGGGCCGCGCGACUGCGGGACACCGGACCGUAGUGGGCUGGCGGUCAUGGAGGAUCCUGUUCAAGAUGGGGUGGCUUCUCCAGCUACCCCUGGAACCGGGAAAUCUAAGCUGGAAACAUUGCCCAAGGAAGAUCUUAUCAAGUUUGCCAAAAAGCAGAUGAUGCUAAUACAGAAAGCUAAAUCAAGAUGUACAGAAUUGGAGAAAGAAAUUGAGGAACUCAAAUCAAAACCUGGAGGAACUGAUAUUAUUAAGGCAUUGACUGAACGUCUGGAUGCUGUUCUUCUGGAAAAAGCAGAAGCUGAGCAACAGAGUGUUUCUCUGAAGAAGGAAAAUAUUAAAAUGAAGCAAGAGGUUGAAGAUUCUGUAAGUAAGAUGGAAGAUAUGCAGAAGGAGUUUGAACAAUCACAAAGAAACUGUAUGAAGGAAAUAGAAAAUUUGAAAACUGAAUUAAUGGCAGUACAUUCCAAACACAGUGAAGAUAAAGCCAACUUGCAAAAGGAAUUGAAAGAAGCAAGAAAAAAACAAUUAGAGUUUUCAGAACAACUUAAAUUUCAGAGUGACUCUGAAGAUAAUGUUAAAAAACUGCAAGAAGAGAUUCAGAAAAUUAGGCUAGCCUUUGAGGAGCAAAUUUUACAUCUGCAAAAGCAAUUAGAAGCUGCCACAAAUGAAAAGGAACAAGAAAUUACUCAUCUCCAAGAAGUCAUUGAGGCUAAUUCUCAGCAUUACCAAAAAAAUGUUAAUAGUUUACAAGAAGAACUUCUGCAGUUGAAAGCUACACACCAAGAAGAGGUGAAAGAAUUGAUGUGCCAAAUUGAAGCAUAUGCUAAAGAACACGAAGCAGAAGUAAAUGAUUUAAACCAGCUAAAGGAGAACUUAGUCAAACAACGUGAGGAAAGUGAGAAGAACAUUCAGGUGAAAUAUGAAUGUGAAUUAGAAAACGUAGGGAAACCGUCAAAUGCAAACCAAGAAAAUCAGGUGUGUUCUUUGCUCUUACAAGGAGACAGUUUUGUAGAACAAAUAGUAAAUGAAAAAGUCAAAUACUUAGAAGAUACCUUAAAAGAACUGGAGUCUCAACAUAGUAUCUUAAAAGAUGAGCUAACUUAUAUGAAUAAUCUUAAAUUAAAACUUGAAAUUGAUGCCCAACAUAUAAAGGAUGAGUUUUUUCACGAACGAGAAGACUUAGAGUUUAAAAUUAAUGAAUUAUUAUUAGCUAAAGAAGAACAAGGCUGUGUAAUUGAGAAAUUAAGAUCUGAGCUAGAAGAGUCAAAUAAACAAUUUUGCUAUACUGUAGAACAGCAUAACAAAGAAGUAAAGAAUCUUCAAGAACAACAUGAAAAAGAAAUAUCAGAAUUAAAUGAGACAUUUUUGUCAGAUUCAGAAAAAGAAAAAUUAUCUUUAAUGUUUGAAAUACAGAGUCUUAAGGAGCAAUGUGAAAGCCUACAUCAAGAAAAGCAAGAAGCAAUUUUAAAUUAUGAGAGUUUGCAAGAGAUUAUGGAAAUUUUACAAACAGAACUGGGGGAAUCUGCUGGAAAAAUAAGUCAAGAGUUUGAAUCAAUGAAGCAACAGCAAGCAUCUGAUGUUAAUGAACUUCAGCAGAAGCUCAGAACUGCUUUUAAUGAAAAAGAUGCUCUCCUUGAAACUGUGAAUCAUCUCCAAAGAGAAAAUGAAAAGUUACUGCAAAAAAAUAUUGUGCCAGAACUUGAAAAUACCAUAAAGAACCUUCAAGAAAAGAAUGAAAUGUAUUUAGUUAGCCUUAGUCAGAGAGAUUCCAUUUUACAAGAAUUAGAAGCAAAGAUAAAUUCUCUUACUGAGGAAAAAGAUGAUUUCAUUAGUAAAGUAAAAAGUUCUCAUGAGGAGAUGAACAAUCUCCAUAUAAAAUGUGAAAAGGAAGAAAGAUUAAUUACAGAACUUAGGGAGAAAGUGGAGAAAACUACACAGUACAACAGUGAACUAGAACAAAAGGUAAAUGAAUUAACAGGAGGGCUAGAAACUUUAAAAGAAAAGGAUCAAAAUAACCAAAAAAUAGAAAAGCUUAUGGUUCAAUUGAAAACUCUCUCUGAAGACCAGGAAGCAUUGUUAUCUGAAGUGAAGUCUCUUCGUGAGGAAAAUAAUAGACUAAAUUCAGAAAAGAAUCAAUUGAGUAGGGAUUUGGAAGCUCUUCUGUCUCAAAAAGAAGGAUAUCUUACACUUAAGGAACACAUUUCUGAAUUAGAAAAGAAACUUCAGUUAACAGUUGAAGAACGAGAUAAUUUAAGUAAACUGUUUGAAAAUGAGCAAGUUCAGAAGUUAUUUGUCAAAACUCAGUUGUAUGGUUUUCUUAAACAAAUGGACUCGAAAGUUUCAGAAGAUGAUGAAGAGCAAGAUGUUGCAAAUGUCCUACAAGCUGUAGGUGAAUCCUUAGCUAAAAUAAAUGAGGAAAAACACAACUUGGUUUUUCAGUAUGAUAAGAAGGUGGUCGAGUUAGAAAAAAAUAUAAAGUGCCUUCAAGAGGAGAAUAUAAUUCAAUGUGAGGAACUUAGGUCUUUACUAAGAGACUAUGAACAAGAGAAAGUUCUCUUAAGGAAAGAGUUAGAAGAAACCCAGUCAGAAAAAGAGGCCCUACAGUCUGAUCUUCUAGAAAUGAAGAAUGCUAAUGAAAAAACAAGGCUUGAAAAUCAAAAUCUUUUAAUCCUAGUUGAAGAAGCAUCACAAAAAUUAGGUAGCAACAGUGAAAUCCAUAAAGAAAAAGAAAAAUCUUUUACAGAGGAACUUGAAAACCUAAGGCUAGUAUUAGAACAAAAAGAAUCUGAAUUGCAAGAUGUAAGAGCAGAGUUGAUGUUAUUAAAGAAUUCCCUAGAGAAAAUACCUUCUGUAGAAAAUGAUCAACCUUCAUUGAAAGAGCUGGAUGAAAAAAUAGAAUAUCUGGAAAAAGAAUCCAAAGAGAAAGAGGAGAAAAUAAAUAAGAUAAAAUUAGUUGCUGUGAAGGCGAAAAAAGAACUAGAUUCUAGCAGAAAAGAGGCCCAGACUCUAAGAGAAGAACUCGAAUCUGUUCGAUCAGAAAAAGAUCAGUUGUCUGCUUCCAUGAGAGAUCUCAUUCAAGGAGCAGAAAGCUAUAAGAAUCUUUUACUAGAAUACGAUAAGCAAUCAGAGCAGUUGGACAUAGAAAAAGAACGUGCUAAUAAUUUUGAGCAUCAUGUAGAAGACCUUACAAGACAAUUAAGGAAUUCUUCUUUACAGUGUGAGAAAUUAAAUUCUGAAAACGAAGAUCUCCUAGCUCGUGUUGAGACACUACAAUCUAAUGCCAAGUUAUUAGAAGUACAGAUUUUAGAAGUCCAGAAAGCCAAAGCAACGGUAGACAAAGAGUUGGAAGCUGAAAAACUUGAGAAAGAGCAGAAGAUAAAGGAGCAUGCCAGUUCUGUAAACGAACUUGAAGGACUUCAGCUUCAACUUCUAAAGGAAAAGAAACAGCUUCAAAAAACCAUGCAAGAAUUAGAGCUGGUUAAAAAGGAUGCCCAACAAACCACAUUGAUGAAUAUGGAAAUAGCUGAUUACGAACGUUUGAUGAAAGAACUAAAUCAAAAAUUAACUAAUAAAACCACUAAAAUAGAAGACUUGGAGCAAGAAAUAAAAAUUCAAAAACAGAAACAAGAAACCCUGCAAGAAGAAAUGAGUUCACUACAGUGUUCAUUGCAGCAAUAUGAAGAAAAAAACACAAAAAUCAAGCAAUUGCUUGUAAAGACCAAGAAAGAACUGGCAGAUUCAAAGCAAGCAGAAACUGAUCACUUAAUGCUUCAAGCAUCUUUAAAGGGCGAUUUGGAGGCAAGCCAACAGCAAGUAGAAGUCUAUAAAAUUCGGUUGGCUGAAAUGACAUCUGAGAAACACAAAGUUCACGAGCACCUGAAGACCUCUGCAGACCAGCACCAGCGCACGUUGAGCGCCUACCAGCAAAAAGUGACAGCCCUUCAGGAAGAGUGUCGUGUUGCCAAGGCCGAACAAGCUGCUGUAACCUCUGAAUUUGAGAGCUACAAAGUCCGAGUUCAUAAUGUUCUGAAACAACAGAAAAAUAAAUCUGUGUCUCAGGCUGAAACUGAGGGAACUAAACAAGAAAGAGAACACCUGGAAAUUCUGGUUGACCAACUGAAAAUCAAAUUACAAGAUACCCAAAAUAAUUUACAAAUCCAUGUAUCUGAACUUCAAACAUUACAGUCUGAACACGAUACUCUGCUAGAAAGGCACAACAAGAUGCUACAGGAAACUGUGUCCAAAGAGGCAGAGCUCCGGGAAAAGUUGUGUUCAGUACAAUCACAGAACAUGAUGAUGAAGUCUGAACAUGCACAGACUGUGAGUCAGCUGACAUCCCAGAACGAGGCCCUUCGCAACAGCUUCCGAGAUCAAAUGCGACAUUUGCAGGAAGAGCACAGAAAGACAAUGGAAACUUUGCAGCAGCAGCUCUCCAAGGUGGAAGCUCAGCUUUUCCAGCUUAAGAGUGAACCAACCACAAGAAGUCCAGCUUCUUCCCACCAACCUGUGAAGAACCUUCGAGAAAGGAGAAACACAGACCUUUCCCUUCUGGACAUGCAUGCUGUAACCCGAGAGGAGGGAGAAGGAAUGGAGACAACUGAUACAGAGUCUGUAUCUUCUGCUGGCACUUACACACAGUCUUUAGAGCAGCUUCUGAAUUCUCCGGAAACUAAACUUGAGCCUCCUUUAUGGCAUGCUGACCUUACCAAAGAAGAAUUGGUUCAAAAGCUCAGUUCCACCACAAAAAGUGCCGACCACUUAAAUGGCCUGCUUCGGGAAACGGAAGCAACCAAUGCAAUCCUUAUGGAGCAAAUUAAGCUUCUCAAAAGUGAAAUUAGAAGAUUGGAAAGAAAUCACGAACGAGAGAAAUCUGUAGCUAACCUGGAAUACCUGAAGAAUGUCUUGCUACAGUUCAUUUUCCUAAAACCAGGUAGUGAAAGAGAGAGGCUGCUUCCUGUUAUAGAUACAAUGUUGCAGCUCAGCCCUGAAGAAAAGGGAAAACUUGCUGCAAUUGCUCAAGGUGAGGAAGAAAAUGCUUCCCGUUCUUCCGGAUGGGCAUCCUACCUGCACAGUUGGUCUGGACUUCGGUAGAUUGAUGGAAAGAACAUUAUUUAUUAAAACCAAAUCGAAUCUAUUUAGCAAAAAAGGUUCACAUCCACUGCUGUGAUUCUUUUGUCAAAAAGUGUGUAUAUAUCCACAUCUGUGCAUAUUUGUACAUACAUAUGUCACAUAUAUUUAAAAAGUCUCACCUUGAAGUAAAAGUCCAACAGCCCGAAGUGUUGCUACCAGUCCACAGCCCUUUGUCUCUCAUCUCCCAAGCAUGCUGCUGGGUGAAGACACCGGGAAUGAAUGCACUCCCUUCUCUGGAACCUCAGGACCCGCCUAUUUCCGGGCAGUACUGUGAAGUUUGACAUUAAACUAAAUUUUGGUACCGUACCAACUUGAAUUUAGGCUUUUAAAAUAAUGUUGCAAGAAUAUUGAUCGCAAGGUCAGACUUACAGAUUUUUAGUUACAAAUUAUUUUUUAAAAAUUUAAUUAGAACAUGAAGGAAUAUGCUUUAUUGGUAAAGUUGGUGUUUUUAAGGGACUAUAAGGUAAAUAUGCCACAGUUCAUUAUGAGACUGAGUUAAAAUAUAAUUUAUGUAGUUAUUUACUUUAAAGGGAACUGUUCUUUUUUUCUCUAAAGUAAAUUAUGUCAGAACUCAUUGUGUUGUGAGAAGCCCCACAAUCGGCUGGUGUAACACUGAAUGUGAACAGAUGGGACCACCUCGUUACCUUGGAGUGAUUUCACGUUGUCUCUCCAGGCUCUUGUUAUGGUUCACCUACUUCUAAGCCAUGAGUCUAGUCUGAGAAUUCUUUCCAUCUCCCCAAAUAAGAAUAUAUCAGAACAUUGACUGUAUUACUCAGCGUUUUAUCUAAAUAUGAAACUGGUGCUUCCCAUGUUUCAGCAGAUCAUGUCAUCCUAUAAGUUUUCCAUCAGAAGGGAUUUUAGAGACAUCUUAGAGAUCAGUGCUACAUUUUCACAGUUCUUGUGCAAUGGUGUACGCCCCUGAUGCCUCCGAAUAUAUUUUAUUGACUAGAUCAAACUUCUGUUCUUAAGUCAUAAAUGUAAGAAUUCUGUUUUAAUAUUUGUUUAAAAAAUCACCACACAGUGUGUUCUAUGAAGUUCUUUCUUAAGCCUUCCACUUUAUAUUCUAAUUUUCAGUCUCAGCUGGUGAACUGACUUUGUUCUUCGGUUACUCAGAACAUUGGCUUCCAAUUUAAUUUAACUGACAUUUGCUGCUGAGUUUGCAUGUUGAGUUUGUUCUUUAAUAAAUACCUUGAAUAUCUGUCUUUCCUGUUAUAGAAGAACAGACCUAACUAGUGAAUGUAUUAAUAAAAAUGCAUCUAUUUCAAAGCUGGCUUUAAAAGUUUAGUUUUUUUACUUUAUAAACUGUGAAUAUAAGUAUGCCAGCAGCAUACAAUGUAACUGUAAUAGUAUUUAAAUAAAUAUCACUUUGUCUUUAAGUCAAGGUCUUUUUGAAGUCUAUAUAAACUUGUUUUGAAAUACAGUCUCCACUUACGAAUGUAAUAAAAAU